GGAAGUAGCUGCUGCGUAGCAUCUAGCAGGCUUAUGAAUCAGACGACCACGUGUGUGGACUGUGUGGUGCCAUCGUUCGUUCGCCACUGUCAUCAGAGGACACCGGGAACACAUAUUGUCGCCCGUCGUCUCUUUGUUCAGUGGCGUCGGCAAAAUUUGGCAAGAUGACUGACGAGGGUGCUCCCAAAGACCGGGGAUGUCUCGUGGGCGUCAUUUUCUUUAUCUUGGGUCUGGGGACACUCCUGCCCUGGAACUUCUUCAUGACUGCCUCACAGUACUUCAACCAUCGAUUGACACUGAACACGACGGAUUGGAGUAAUGACACGGUCACCGCCACUAAAGAGUAUUACUUUGACAAUUGGAUGACUCUGCUAUCCCAGCUGCCCUUGCUGCUCUUCACGCUGCUCAAUUCCUUCCUGUAUCCCCGGAUCUCGGAGAUGAUGCGCAUCGCCGGGAGCCUGGUGUGCAUCCUCAUCCUCUUCAUCUUCACCGCCGUCCUUGUCAAGGUCGACAUGGAGCAGGACCGCUUCUUCUCUGUCACCAUGGCCACCAUCUGGUUUAUCAAUUCGUUCGGCGCCAUCGUGCAGGGCAGUCUGUUUGGCCUGGUGGGUCUGCUCCCGCAGAAGUACAGCACCAUGUUCAUGAGCGGGCAGGGCCUGGCCGGCACCUUCGCCGCUGUGGCCAUGAUCCUGGCCCUCGCCAGUAAUGCUGACGAUGAGACAGCUGCCCUUGGGUACUUCAUCACCCCGUGUGUGGGAACCCUUAUCACACUAAUGAGCUACCUGCUACUGUCCAAACUGCCUUUUGCCCAGCAUUACCUGAUUAAAAACAAGUGCAAGAACUAUGAGCCAGAAACAACCAAUCAACUUCUGCUUACAGAAGAGAACGGCAAAGCUAAUGGAAAAGCCAACGGUCACGCCAACGGCUCCCCUCUGAAUAACGGCAGCAUGGAUGCCACGCCGUCGUCCAGCGAAAGCCAACAAGCCUUCCUGUCACUCGAGGCGGACAAGCAGGACGAGGAGAAACUGUCCGUCAUCGAGGUCUUCAAAAAGAUCUGGGUCAUGGCGUUCUGCAUUGUCUUCAUCUUCACCGUAACGCUCUCCGUGUUUCCCGCAGUGACGGUAGAUGUGAAGUCCGUGUACGGGGGAGAAUGGGAUAAGUACUUCAUCUCGGUGUGCUGUUUCCUGUUCUUCAACCUCAUGGACUGGCUGGGCCGAACCAUUACCACACUGAAGCGAUGGCCGCCCAAAGAGAGUCGCUUGUUCCCGGCGCUGGUGGUUUCCAGGGUGAUCUUCAUUCCGCUGCUGAUGCUGUGUAACGUGCAGAAGCGUUCCAACCUGCCGGUGUUCUUCCACAACGACGCCAUCUUCUCCGUCAUCAUGCUCCUCUUCUCCCUCUCCAGCGGAUACUGCGUCUGCCUGACCAUGUCCUACGCACCGCAGUUGGUAGAAGCCAAGGAUGCUGAGACUGCUGGAAUUCUCAUGACCUUCUUCCUGGCUCUGGGUCUAUCGAUAGGGGCCGCCCUCUCCUUCCCCCUCCGCCUCCUCGUAUAGUUGUCCCCUCUGCUCACCCUCACUCCCCGGUCAACCGCCCAACUCUUACCAGCUCACUGGCACGUCACCUCCAAGCCUGUCUAAUCCGUGUUCCAGUGGCUCAGGACAGGAGCCAGCCAAUCAGAUUUCACCAAUCAGAUCACCUGACCAACAGCACUACAUCAUCUACACACAAAAGUCCAGUUUACCAGAACUGAGUUCUUAUUGGUCCCGAUCCAAACCCAGACCUUGUGAGAUAGGUUGACCAUUUGUCUGGCUCCUGUGUCCGGUUUCGAAUGUCCUCCUUUUUGGGGAUUUUGGGUGUGUGCCUUUUUGGCCCUUUAUUUGAUGUGUGCUGUCAUAGAAAUGACGAAAAUAACAACAGCAACAACAACAACAACAAACCAACCAGGGCUUCAUGAUCCGUCUGGCUUUUUGGGUUUUAAGCAGGAGGUAUCAGAAAAGUUUGCCACAAGGAUAACUGGUUUGUGGCGGCCAAGUGUUCAUAUCGCUUAUCGCGAUAUCGCGUUUUGAUCCUUUGAUGUCUUUUUCACCAGCUGGUACCCUGCAGAAGCUGUGCUUCGCCUCCCCUCCACCACCUGGACUUUAUGGGUCACGACUGAUGGUUCUCUGGAGAGGAGCCAGAUCUAUUUACUUCGAUUGGAUCAUGACACGAUCAAGUCCCACUCAGUGAAUAGGUUGCAGUGAUGGAGACAUACUUCAGUUCAGUAUGGGUUAACUCAAUUAUUAACACAGAGGACUGGCUGCUAAAAUCAGUUGGGAUUGAUCUUGAGAUCAGUGGCUUUUUGCAGGAAGGGUUCAAAGGGAGUGUCCACCACGUCUUUCUUCAGGCAGAGACGUGACAAACUGGGACUAGCAUGACUACACUGCUAACGAAGGAACAUGUUACUGGACAUGCACGUGAACAUGCUGAUAAUACACAUACUGUAUGUUGUUGGGCUGAGGUCAACACCCUGCUUGGAUGCAACAUAUUGCCACGAAGAUGGAAGAUUUUACUGUCAGAAUGUCUACCAUUUUGGGAGAAUUUGAAAUGUAGUUCUCAGGUGUCAAAUAUAGUUGUAUAGUGAAAUACAGUUAAUUGCAUAAAUGCAAUUAUGUGGUAUGCAUCUAAUAUGGGUACACGUUAGUGCAGGUGUCAUCUGAUAUUUCAUUCAGUUCGAUAUACUUUUAUUUUAUUUAUUUUAGAAGUGAAGAAUAGGAAAGAGAUUUCAACUCAAAGGGAUGUAAUUUCAUUAGGAAGCCAUUUAAUGUUUUGUCACCCAUGGCAUAUUGACUUGACAGACCAGACUGCAUUGUCUGAACAAAAUGAUUGUAGAUUAUGAGAGAGCUUGUUGAACUUUUUUUUAGAUGUUCUUAAAUCCUUUUUGUAAGUUAAAGUCUGAUGUUACUUAACACAUUAUUAUCAUGUGAAUCAUCUGAUUUUUCUAAAGAACUGCUGUAAAGAACCACAAAGGAAAAAAACAGAAGUCAGUGGAAACCAAGAACUUUAGAGAAGUUGAAGAACACUGACAACCCACCAACUAAAUAGGCUAAUUGACUAAAGCCUAUCUUAUGCUGACAGGAUUUGGGAAAGAUUCCUGAAAGAUUGUAGUCUUUUGAUUAAAGCUUGAAUGAGGGGCAUUAAUUAAAAGACUACAACCUUUCACAAAUCUUUCACAAAUCUUGUCAGUGUAAGGUAGCCUUAAGUAGACCAAGUGGACUACUCAGCAACCAAGUAUCCCAGUGGAAGGGGUCCUGACUUUAUGUGAACUGUCCUCAGCUAUGAUGUGCUAUGAUGUAUAAUACUUUCUCUUUUUGCAUACAAGUACAGUGCACAAAGUACAGUAUACAAAUACAGCUAGCAUGCUUGGUGUCAGAACAAGGUUAUGGUUGAUGAGGAACCUACAUUGUAUGCUUAUAUCUUUAUCUAAGUGCAUUGUACUAAGGACACUAAAUGUGAAGUGGGUCCUUUAUCUGACGCAUUUGAGAAAUGCCUGAACUGCUGCAUCGGGGAGAGUGUUUGUGUCUGUCAGUGUUUGUGAGAGUUUAAAGAGGAAACUCAUUUGAAUGGUUAGUAGACAGUGCAAUCAUUUGCAGUGGUCCUUCGAGGAAGCGUCUGUCUAUGUGUGGGUAUCUGUUAAUGUGUGUGUUUGUGUGUGUGUGGUCUUUGUGUACGUGACUCACCUGACAAGAUGAUGUGUGACUCCUUAUCUAAGUAGGAAGUGGAGUGGGUUGGUCACAUUCCAGACAGCUUCAACUCUGCUAGAGCGGGAAAUCUUCCCUCCGUUUCAAAUUCCCACAUGGAGGGAAAAGCAGUGGCUAAACUUAAAAUAUCUAUGCACAAACGUGUGUGUGUGUGUGUGUGUGUGGUUUUAUGUCAAAAAAGCAGUUAGUGUGAUAUUGGGAUGGGUUUUUAUUAAUUAUUAUUAUUAUUCCUGAAAGUGACUAAAAUUAAGAACAACUUUGAGUAGUAUGAGAAGGAAGUUGCUUAGUUACUGUACAUCAUGAAUUCUGUGUCUUCUCUGUAACAGAUAUGUGCGCAGCCAUUUUGUUUUCAGAGUGUCCAGUCAAAUAGACCUCCAUGCAUUCCCAUCACAGCUGCUGAUGGCCACAACCAUUAAGGCCCUGAUCUGGCCUGUGUCAGAUCCUAACUUUGUCAGGAUCUAUAUAGACCACUUCUGGCACUAAAGUCAGCUAUUGGCACAGCACAGGUCCCCAACUAUUGUGCUACUAAAUCGGUGAGACAAGAUGGCAAUAGCAUGUCUUCUCAACAAAGACAGUGUGAUUGUGGCAGUUUUUUUUUUUCUAAAAAACUACAUGUAUACUGGUGGCGUGUCUGUCACCAUUAUUUAAAGUGCCAACUGUUAUGCUGUUUAACACGCACCAAACAUUUCUAUGAGACCCUUGUCAGGAUGGCUUAUGUAGGCUUGGCUAACCUUAUCAGAGUGCCAUGCUGGAGCUAGUGUCUGUUUUCCAUGAUGCAUCAUCACACAUAGGCCACCAAAUGAGUUUACAUUUGGACAGCAUAUCUUAGGACCACAAAUGUGAAUAUUUUUGUGCUAAAAAAACAUGAGCUUUGUUUAACAUGAUGUUUUUGUUUUUUUUUCCUUUUCAGAAUUCAUGUGUGUGUGUGUGUACUAGGUUUCUAUGGGUUUCUCACUUAAAUCAUGGUUUAAGAGUGUUUUAGUUGUGUUUUUUUUUAAUUAUUGAUAUUGAUGCAUAUGUCAGCUUUGGGGUUUCAUUUUCUAUUUUUUUUGUACAUAUCAUUUUUUUUAUCUUAUUUAUUUCUACAUCAUAGGAUAUACUAAAAGAUCGGUUAGGCUAGUUACACAGAAUCGGUAACAAAUAGUUAGCAGACAUACCAACAUCCCCUGAAUAGUAACUGUAGGCAACUCUUGUCCUUUGUUGAUUUGAAUAAUGAUGACUGAACUUUGUCUAAAAUCGGUAGAUGUGAAUUGUUUACACAAAUAAAGGAACACUGUGCUGUCCAGAUAGCCACACAGAGAGGGACUGGAGAUAACAUUGUUUAAAGUGAUUCUUAAAUGCAUUUUUUUUAUAUAUAUAUUUGGGAGCAGUCAACUGCAACAAAAACCUUCUCAAGGAAAACAUGGGAGUGAGGGAUGAGGAGAUCUGGCUUUGGGCAAGCAAGAGAUCCAGUUUUUACUCGACACAAGCACCUUGAUAACUCAGAAUUUCCUUUCUGUGAGGAGAGCCUGUCUCCCAGACAGAACUUGAGUAGGAGAUUGGCUGUUAAAUCUGCCAUCCUCUCGCCAGAGGUGGGAAAACUCCAGCUUCACAGAGUAAAAGUCAUGAAUGUCAAUCGUGUUGGUUCUACCUGCACACUUACUGUGGCACAGGUGAUCUCAUCAAUUAGCUGCUCUACUGUACCUAGCCGAAGAGUUGUGCUGGUUUAAAUGGAUGUUUGGCACAGAUAGGUGGUAGGACUGUUCAAGACUGACUGAACAAGGCUCAUUCAAGAACUUGAGUAAGGCAAAUUCCACAUGAAUAAUACACCCACUCAGACAACACACACACACUGGGGAUGUACAGCACAAUGGCAGUUUAUUUUGGAGCAACUCUGGUUCAGAUCAGAGACCCAGAGCUGAUCUGGCAUCAGCUGCCAUCUGCUGUUCCAACUAAAGAUGGCGUCUUUUUUAGUUUAUCUUUUUUUUUUUUGGUUAAAAAAAGGGAAAUAAAUUGGAAAAAAGAGCCUUUCCCAUCAGGAGACUGCUAUUACAAUGUUGACAUGUAGAAUGAGUUUUAUUGACCAACAACAAAUGGGCUGUUCACUGGUUGCAACAGGGAGAGUUUUCCACAGGGUGGCGCAUGUGCUCAAUCAAGAAGAAUUGAUUGUGCAAUUGAUUUGUGGUUGCAUUACCUUGGCAUCAAUAAGGGAGCAAGUUCUUUGUGUAUGUUUUUGCUUUUGCUGAGAGGUGUAUGAAAUGAUCAGUCAAAAUUGAUGAUACUGUAAAAAUACUUUUGUUCCUGAUGUUUAAAUUAAAUUAGUUUUGUAAACAG